GGAGGAGGAAGACGGCAAAGGUAUGGUAUGAAUAUGCGUUGCUUGGCAGCUCGGGUGAACUAUAAGACUUUGAUUGUCAUCUGCAUUUUCUUCUCCUCGAUCACCAUCCUGCUGUGGAAUCGGUGUACCGGUGGCAAAAUCUCACCUUUCCCACAUAACCUGAGGAGCAGCGUGAAGACGGAUGGAACAGAGAAACAAGCGGCUGCAUCAGAGAGCAGCCAAUGUGUGAACCGACCAGCCAAGCAGCAGAGUGAGGAGGCAUCACCCCAGGAGCAGCAGAAGGCUCCCCCCGUUGUUGGAAGCUUCCAUGCAAACAAAGUCUUGGGGCUGAAAUACGAAGAAAUCGAUUGUCUGAUCAAUGAUGAGCACACUAUUAAAGGCAGAAGGGAGGGGAGUGAGAUCUUCCUGCCUUUCUCGUGGGUGGAAAAGUACUUUGAAGUUUAUGGGAAAGUAGCCCAAUAUGAUGGCUAUGACCGGUUUGAGUUCUCCCAUAGCUACUCCAAAGUGUACGCCCAGAGAGCACCAUAUCAUCCAGAUGGUGUUUUCAUGUCAUUCGAGGGAUAUAACGUGGAAGUCCGGGACAGAGUGAAGUGCAUCAGUGGUGUUGAAGGUGUGCCACUUUCCACACAAUGGGGACCUCAAGGCUACUUUUAUCCCAUCCAGAUUGCCCAAUAUGGGCUCAGCCAUUACAGCAAAAAUCUGACUGAGAAACCUCCACACAUCGAAGGGUACGAAACAGCGGAAGACAGGGAGCAGAGCAGCCAGCCAGGCAAAUGGAUGGUUCCCAAAGGCUGUUUUGUCACAACACUGCUGGACAAAUCCAGAUUGACAAACGUCAAGCACUUUGUUGUCCCUGAAAACUCCGAGGGAGCAUCUCUCCAGCUGGGGAACACAAAGGACUUUGUUAUUUCUUUUGACCUUAGAUUUGUAACAAAUGGGAGUGUUUCAGUGGUUCUUGAGACAACAGAGAAGAACCAGCUGUUUACAGUGCACUAUGUCUCAAAUACUCAAUUGAUCACUUUCAAGGACAAAGAUAUUUCCUAUGGAAUCGGGCCCAGGACCAGUUGGAGCACAGUCACACGAGAUCUUGUAACUGAUUUAAGAAAGGGUGUUGGACUCUCUAACACAAAAGCAGUCAAACAGACCAAAAUCAUGCCCAAAAGAGUGGUGAGGUUGAUAGUGAAGGGAAAGGGCUUCAUAGACAACAUCACUAUUUCAACUACUGCCCACAUGGCAGCCUUUUUUGCUGCCAGUGAUUGGCUGGUAAGGAACCAGGAUGAAAAGGGUGGUUGGCCAAUCAUGGUAACCCGGAAACUAGGGGAAGGCUUUAAAUCUUUGGAUCCAGGCUGGUACUCUGCCAUGGCACAAGGGCAGGCGAUUUCCACCUUGGUCAGGGCUUAUCUGUUGACGAAAGACUAUACCUUCCUCAAUUCAGCUCUCCGAGCAACAGCCCCUUACAAACUCCUCUCAGAGCAACACGGCGUGAGAGCUGUCUUCAUGAACAAAUACGACUGGUACGAGGAGUAUCCGACAUCCCCCAGCUCCUUUGUUUUAAAUGGAUUCAUGUAUUCUCUGAUUGGGCUGUAUGAUUUAAAGGAAACUGCAGGUGAGAAGCUGGGGAAAGAAGCAAAGCUACUCUAUGACCGGGGCAUGGACUCCUUAAAGGCAAUGCUCCCACUCUAUGACACAGGGUCAGGAACCAUCUAUGAUCUACGCCACUUCAUGCUUGGCACAGCUCCCAAUUUAGCCCGGUGGGAUUAUCACACCACCCACAUCAAUCAGCUCCAACUCCUGAGCACCAUAGAUGAGACCCCUGUAUUUAAAGAGUUUGUCAAGCGAUGGAAGAGCUAUCUGAAAGGCAGCAGGGCAAAGCACAAUUAAGCUGAGCUGAUAACCAAAAUCACAUUUCCUCUGUCUGCUGUCCUUGGGAAUUGCCAUCUUUAAGUACUGCAGUGGAACUUUUGGAAAGUUGGUUUCUAAACUCAUUCUGUGUGUGUGUGUGUGUGUGUAUGUGUGUGUGCGCACGCGUGCGUACUUUUUUAAAAAAUUACCGUUUUCAAAGAAGUGGUCCUUAAAACCCCUCUUUUUAAUCGAUUGCAUUCCAGUGAAUCAAUACUUUAGAAUUGGGAGGUGGCAGUAAAACAGGCAUCCAGUGACAGGACUGAAUCAAAGCUUAGUGAAUUUGUUUACUUAUCCACAGUGAUCCAUGAUGAUACUAACACAGAAUAUAAUGUGUACUUCUGAUUUCCCCCCCCCUCUUUUUAGAGAAAAUCAUUACAGGCUCCCUAUUUUUGUUGCCUAGAAUUUUGCAGAAAAAUAAGAAUCCAUUUUUUUCUUUCCUUAAAAAAGAAAAAAAGGAAUUCUAAUAUGUUUGAGGUUUUGUUUUUGUUUUAACUAUGUAGCUUUACAGCAGAAUUUUGUUUCCUCCAGAGUGGGUGGAAUUUGUGCAGAUUAUUUUUUUUCCUUGUUGAAAAAUGUCAGAGUGUUUUGUUUCUAGAUUGAGGAAUAAAUCCAACAGUGAUUUUGUUCAUGUCUUUUAAAAAUCUCUUGGGGAUGAGACUUCUCCAGGAACUUUGGUGAAGCUCCUUGGAAGCAGAGAGGGCUGCAGAAGAUGGCGGCCGUGUGUCUGUCCACCACUUCUCACUGGCCCCUUGUGAGGUUGGCACCAGAGGUUCCUGGUGGGAUCGCUUCCACCUGCAAGCUUGAAUGUUUUGUUCUGCGAGCACAACUACAAGCAGGACCAGUUGACUGCACAAAAAUUGUGGCCAUUUUGUCUGUGUCUCCCUUGUCUUGAUCAACAUUCUUCCACUGAAUUUUGAUCCUGUUAUUUUUUUUUCAUGUAAAACUUUUUUUUUUUAAAUGUAUGUGCAGUUUAUUUUCUUGGGAAAUUUGAACUGUUUCCUUUCAGUCUUGUAUUGGUUGAAAUACAAUGUAUAUUAUUUGGAGAAAAAAUAUCUUCUGAUUUAUAAUGUUAGAACGACCACAGUUAGAAUACCGCAAAUGGGUUUGUUUGUUUUCUUUUUGCAGCCACUCUUGAUCAUGAAAGUGUGUUGAAUGUUCUUUUUUUACUUUCUUAAUUACAUAAUAUGAAUCAGGCAUUCAUAACUACUUGUUCUACGUUUUUCUUCUGCCUAGCUGAUUUUCUAAAUAGUGCUGGCUUCUUCUUAAACCUUAUUGCUUGGCAACUAUUUAAAUCUCUGGUCCUUCUUAAUUCUGACUAAGGACACAGUCCAUGGAAGAUUUCCACUGAUAUCUGGAAUUCAUUAGUGUAUUGCCAGAGCAGUUCUGUGAAAAUGACAUGCCUCUCUAUAGACACCCCGUAUCACAGAACAACCUCUGUUCCUGCUAAACAGAUUGAUGGGACUUCCAUUUGCGUGACUACUUAGAAGCUGAGGAAGAAAGCGAGUUAGGCAAGAGCCCACUCCUGCCUAGACAUGCCAUUCCCAGAGGUGAAGUCCUUUUCAGUCUGUAUCUUUCAGUUGCUUAUGUUAUGAGCAGCUUUUCUGCAUUUGGCUGUUUCUGUAUAUAGGUACGUGAAUCUAUAAAUGAUUUAUACUUAUAAGUCAUGGGAAGGUGCCUGCCUGAGAAUCAGCUUGAGAUGUCUGGUAGAUGUUGCAAUGCCACUGGAAGAUAUUUUAGCAGAUUGGUAGAUCUUGACCAAAAACCAGUUUAUGGGCAGUUCACAGUCCUUUCUAAAAGCUGUGUGAGCCUCAGUUUUCAUGCAGCAAAACCAGAUACAUCUCAAAAACAAUUUCUUUUCCUUCUCGUAUUGCAAAAUAUAUAGAAACACUAAAAGGUACAUUUUAGUACUUUUUUAAAGGAUACGAACACAUUCUACAUUUUCUUUUCAUGUAUGUUAUAGCAUCAACCUCUGUCGAAGAGCUACAUUUGUGAUCCUUUGAGCAGCUUCCAAAACACUUCCCAGUUUCCAUCUUGCCUCAUUUCAAACUUUUCCAUGCAGAGGUAAAACAAUAUUUCCCAUUUUUAGAAGUAACCCCCACCCCCCCAAACUUUAAAGCCUCUUGAUUUUUAAAAAUCAAUUAAAAUAUUUAGAGGCAUUCCCAGUAUAGUUUCCAGACACAGUUUCUGCUCCAGUCCCCUGAAUUCAGUCCAAAGAGAGCUGAAUCUUUCUGAAGGUGCAGACCUCGGUAGCUCUGCAUGUCAUUCUUGGAGCAGAGAAUUUGGGAGGAAGAAUAUAUAGACUGCAAAGUGGAAGUUGUGGGUGUCGUAUGCAUGCAGAACUUCAGAGAGAGAGAGAAAUUUCAGACUUACAUAAUACGUGUUAAUAGUUACGGAGCUUAAUCUCUUCUUACUGAAGAUGCGCACAAAAUGGUGAAAACAUUUUCUCUUGGACAAGGAUCAAAUAAUUAUGUUCCAGUGGUUUUGCUGAAAUGUUUUGGAUGAAACAGAACCCAGAUGGGACAAAGCUGUCCUCUCCCAUCCAUAGCAUAGCAUACCCCACCAUCUGUUUAGUAGCCAGCCAGCCCUCCCAGCCCCUUCCCUCCCUGCCUCCGCUCACUGCUGUCGCCCUUGGCUUUCUCACCACUCCCACCCCUGACUAGUUCUGUCCAGAACAAGGCAACCACAUUCCCUGCACAGAACAUUAGUUGCUGCUAAUAGGCUGGUUUAAAUAGCUAAAGAGCUGGAGGCAACGAGAACACAGAUGAAAUUUGGAAAUGCUCGCCCUUGCCAGUGAUACCAAAAAAGACAUUUUAGGAAGCUUUCCCAGCAACUGAUUAUGUAUAUAUCCAAGCAAUAUAUUAAGUCCUCUUAUUUUUGCAGUUGGUGGCCACUUGGAUUUGAAACAGCGAGUGCAGAUUUCUUUAGUCUACUGCUUUUUUGAUUUGUUAGUGCCUUAACCCUUGUGGCCAUACCUUUCUUACGCUGUAAGAACUUAGUUUAACGUUGGCACUGCUCAUUCUGUGAUUCCCUCAUGUUGGCAUCCCUAGGGCUUCUGGGCUUCUAGGUCUUUGUGUAGGCCAAUUGGGAUAAUACUCUUAACCAUGGCUUAUUCUUUGAAUGAGGAUCCAGCUGUGCACACUGGCUCCUUCAUGUUCCUUUGCUUAUCAGAGAGAAACCUCAAAUUCCCCAGGAAUUUUCCAGCAGGUAGAAAUUGCUGGAAGAAGACAAGAGAUCCCUCUAAAGAGACCAGAGGCAGCUAUUGGCAAACUGCACUGGUUGUGAGCAGGAAUCACCAUGUAUGAUGGGACAGAUUCACUAUAAAUGAGGGUGUCAACUGAAUGUGGUAUCUCCGCUUUUGGCACUCAGUUGAUUUGUUCCACUUGUCAGUCUUGGACAAUUGACAGCUAGUUUGGUAAUGUUUGUAUUCUGCAGUCAGCCAUGCACCUCUUUCUGCUUUGGAUUCGAUCUUGUCAUCAGUGGCUCUUGGGGAUUAUGGGUGGUGGCAGUCCUCCUUACGUAAGAAAUGUCACAGCAGCAUUAGGCCUAAUUAUAUAACAAUGGGUGCGCGAUGAAGAAUUUCAGGAGACAGAAUCAACGUGAGAAUAGCUGUCCUUCAUAUAUCUUAAAGAGAGUCAAGAGUAGGAGGAAUUAUUUGAGAACCAUGAAUAUAGUAAUUCCAAGCGGAAGGGUUAUGCCUUUGUUGUUCCAGGUCAUGCAACUCCUUUUAUUUGCGUUACUGUGCAGGCAAGCAUGCACUGUGCGUAAGGAGACACAGCCAGUGACACAAGCACAACCAUCAGCACAUGGCCGUUUUCUGUGCCAUUCUUAGGUGAUUCACGGAAAGCAGGUGUUUCCAUCCUCCUGGUACUUGUAUGUUCCUUUUGUUUUUACUUUUUUUACAUACAGGAUUUAUACCAUGUGUUAAAUAUGCAAUAAAUUGUUUACAGGAUGCCCUUUGGAGGGCAAUGAGUCCUUUGUAAAAUUGUACAGACUUUCUGGUUUAAGCACAAUGUGCACAGGCUAGUUUUCUAUAUGGCAGGACAUGAUUUUUUGCAGUGGGAAUUACAGAUAUAUGGAAUCAACUUUGUCCUUCGUGUAAAGCUGCUUUAUAAAAUUGUAAAAUAAAAGUUUUUAAUGUUGCA